UUAACAAAAAACAAGAUCUGCUUAAACAGCUUUUUUACAACUCGACGGACAACAGCAGAGUUUCGUAUUACAUCUCCUUUAAUCGUUAAUAAUAUAUAACAUACAAAGUGCUAUCCAGUGAUAUUUAAUGAAAUUUUCAGGAUAUUUGUGGCGAAAAUAAGAUGAAGAGCCAGCGUCGAGCGCCGAUGUUGUUGGCGACGCUUUGGAUCGUCUUCACCGUAUUUAUUCCAACCGACACACAGGUUGCAAAUCCGAUUUCAUCUGUUGUGAAAUUCCUUCAAGAAGGCACAAAUCAACUUGAUAACGAACCACCAGACCAGACGAAUCUUCUAUCGGAAUAUGACUUCAUCGUUGUUGGUGCAGGCACAGCUGGGUGCGUGGUGGCUAAUCGCUUGACUGAAAUACCCGAAUGGAAAGUGUUACUUGUAGAAGCAGGCGUGAAUGAAAAUUUUGUUAUGGAUAUUCCUAUUCUAGCUAAUUAUCUUCAGUUUACCGACGCGAACUGGAAAUAUAAAACACAGUCCUCUAACAAAUAUUGUGCUGGUUUUGAAAACAAACAAUGUAACUGGCCACGUGGAAAAGUUGUCGGAGGUUCCAGCGUACUAAACUACAUGAUUUAUACGAGAGGUUCAGCUCGCGACUUUGAUAAUUGGGAAGCAAUGGGCAAUAAUGGUUGGGGGUGGAAUGAAGUACUUCCUUACUACAAAAAAAUCGAGAACUUCAAUAUUCCCGCACAUGAUAAUAGCCAGUUUCAUGGACAUGACGGUCAUUUAAAUAUCGAGCAUGCACCUUUCCGCACAACGAAAGGAAAAUCAUGGGUCAAAGGAGCGCAAGAGUUUGGUUUUAAAUAUAAUGACCACAAUGGAGCAAAGCCUGCUGGUGUUUCUUUCUUACAACUUUCUAUGAAAAAUGGAACCCGACACAGUUCAAGUAGAGCAUAUCUCCAUCCAAUUAAUAAAAGAAAUAAUCUUCACCUGUCUAAGAUUAGUAUGGUUACAAAACUUAUUUUUGAUGACACGAAAACCAAAGUUAUAGGUAUUGAAUUCGAAAAACGUGGAAAGCGAUAUAAGAUAUUAGCUAAAAAGGAAGUUAUAUUAUCAGCGGGUGCCAUAAACUCACCUCAAUUACUGAUGCUUUCUGGAAUUGGACCCAGAAAUCAUCUAGAGUCUUUAAAUAUACCAGUUAUUAAAGAUUUACCUGUAGGAUAUAACCUCAUGGAUCAUAUUGCGGCUGGAGGAGUUCAGUUUAUGGUGCAACAACAAAAUGUAAGCCUCUCGACGGGUUACAUAUUAAACCACUUAGAAUUAGUAUUCAAAUGGAUGAGAAAUCACAAAGGUCCCUUAUCAGUCCCUGGAGGAUGCGAGGCGCUUGUAUUCCUGGAUCUAAAAGAUAAAUUCAAUACAACAGGUUGGCCGGAUAUAGAAUUACUUUUCAUAAGUGGAGGCUUAAAUGCUGAUCCCCUUUUGCCGAGAAACUUUGGCUUUGAUGACCAAAUAUAUUCUAAAACAUACUCUUCAUUAGGUAAUAAAGACGCUUUCAUGGUGUUUCCUAUGCUCAUGCGACCUAAAUCCAAAGGGAGAGUAUUGCUGCGAAGCAGAAAUCCGAAAGUUCAUCCGACAUUGGUCCCAAACUAUUUUGAAUACCCAGAGGACUUGCAGAAAAUUGUCGAGGGUAUCAAAAUUGCUAUUGAAAUUUCUAGACAACCUUCCAUGAAGAAGAUGGGAACCAAGUUGUACGACGUACCAAUUGCAGACUGUUUAAAAUAUGGGCCAUUUGGCAGUGAUGCGUACUUUGCAUGCCAAGCUCAAAUGUUCACUUUUACCAUUUAUCACCAAAGCGGGACUUGUAAAAUGGGAUUGGAAAGCGACCCAUCAUCAGUUGUAGAUCCUAGAUUGAGAGUACAUGGAAUUGAUAAAUUAAGAGUAAUCGACGCUAGUAUAAUGCCCGAAAUAACGUCAAGUCACACAAAUGCCCCAACAUAUAUGAUAGCAGAAAAAGGCGCAGAUAUGAUAAAGGAAGACUGGAGGAUGAAACGUUAGACAUAUUUAGUAAUAUUUUACUUAAUAAGCACGACUGUGAUGUUAUUAUACUGAAUACUAGAAUAAUCUUGAAUUAGUUAUUAUUUAUUUGUAAGUUUGGUAUUUCUACUCUUCCUAAUGAGACUCGUUUAUUAAUAUGAUAUUAAUCAUCACUGCA